AAACCCGAGCAGGAGGAGAACCGGUAGCGAGGAAGAGGGGGACUCCUUUCUCUUCUUCCGAAAACAUACCUGUGACAUUUACGGGAAGAUAUUAAGGAAAAGGGAACGGAAUAAAAGUCCACUGGUGCCGCGGAAGAGAAGAAAAAGAAGGCGGAUGUGCCUCCGAACGCGCCGCGGAUGCCGCCCUCCGGACCUCCUUAAUGCCAAGAUUAAGAGGUCCGGGACCAUAGGGGGGAUGACAUGCAUGUGUCCGGCCUGCUAACAUCGCUGACGUCUUGCAAACUUACCCAACGGCCUCCCUCACGACAUGACGGACAUGCUGUAUACAGGUCCGAUCCCGGCCGAGCGAGAGGGUGAGCUCGCCAUGGGUGUGGGUCGCAGCGAAACCUCGCCGCUGGGGCAAGGCCAUAACACACCCCAGAAUUCCCAGCGGCCGAGCGCCUGCUGUUUCUGCUGGUGUUGCUGUUGCAGCUGCUCAUGUCUUACCAUCAGGAAUGAAGAUGAGAGGAGGAGGCGUCGGAGGAAGAGGAUAUCACAGGACAACACGAUGAAACCAAUACCAAACUGUGAAGCUUGCACCAAACCUUCUGUGGAGGAAAUGCAGCUCUGGUCUCAGUCUUUUGACAAGCUGAUGAGGAACCCGGCGGGUCGCAAUGUUUUUCGGGAGUUUUUGCGCACAGAGUACAGUGAGGAGAACAUGCUCUUCUGGCUGGCCUGUGAAGACCUCAAACAACAAAUUAGCAAGAACAGCAUCGAGGAGAGGGUGCGCUCCAUCUACGAGGAAUAUAUUUCGAUACUGUCGCCAAAAGAGGUGAGCCUGGACGCUCGCGUACGGGAAGUGAUCAACAGAAAAAUGCAGGACCCGACGCCUCACACUUUCGAGGACGCUCAGUUGCAGAUCUACACACUGAUGCACAGGGACUCCUACCCACGAUUCCUCUCCUCCAGCAUCUACAAGUCACUCCUUCACGGCAACUCAUGCAGCUCCUCCGAGCCCUAGUCCAGCAUUGUCCUUUACGUCUCUCUUCCAACCAUUUCAGAUCCAUACAGGUGAAACUGCCUUCAUCCCAAAUCUAUGCCAUGACUGCUGAAACCUGGCAAUGGCACUUUUUGUAUUUCACCAUCCUAGCUUCCUUUUUAAUGUAUCCUCAACCCCAAAUGAGACUUUGGCCGAAAGGUUAGGUGCACCCUGAACUGUUCGCUAACCUCAGAAAAAUGUAUUUAUAUAGAAUUAUAUUAACAGUAUAAUAUUUGAAUGGUAUUCUUCAAUAUGGGUAGAGCGGACUGGUGGUUAGCACGUCUACCUCAUAGUUUUGAUGUUUGGGGUUCCAAUCUCCUGUGUGGAGUUUAUGUGUUUUUUAGUGCUUGUGUGGCUUUCCUCUUGAUAAAUUGGUGGCCAGGUAAUGUUAGGCUAUUUACAAAUUCCAAACGCUUUGCAAAUGAAAAAAAAACACGAAUGCAAAUAGUUGCAACACAAACACAAAUAGCCGCAUGAAAGCAUAAAAGUGUUGUUUUUGGCAUCCCUUCUAAUUUGGCAUGCUAAUUUUGGCAUCCCGUAUAUUUUCGGUAUCGUCUUGUUGACGAAAACAACGAUGCAUAAGCAUCACAACGGAAGUUUACUUAAGCCGCAACAUGAAUGCAUAAGCAUCACGACGGAAAUAGACUUACAAGUUACCACGGUAAAUACAGUUUGGUAGAUAUUAGGGCUGAACGACAUUGGAAAAAAACUGACAUUGCGACUUUUGGGGGCUUUGCGAUUUAUGUUGCGAUAUUAAAACUAGAGGAAUUUUCACUACAUGACUUGAAUAGCUCUGUUUGGGAAGACUUGGUUGACUCACUAUGACCACAUUGUAUUCAGAACAGAUGUCCUGAUGUUGAUCACGUGAUCGGAAAUCGGGCUGAUCAUGCCAUUUCUCAGAGGAUCGGAAUCGGGUGAAAAGGAUCAGGUUUUAUGUUUUUCUGCUUCAUGCUCUUGUACAGCCUUUCACUUUCCCUACUGCUAAGCAAUGUGACCAAACUGUUUUUUUUUUGGGGUCACCAGUGCAGCUGGCGUUUGUUACUUAAAGUUAACGAUGAUUGACAGGUUUGUAGCUUUAAUCUGGCCAGAGACACCUCAGUAGCUCUAUGAUCAAAGGCAAUAAUGUGUUACUCAUCAUUAAGCUUGGUGCACACUGCAGUGCCAACUCAUUGUGUAAGUGGGAGGCUGUUCAUCCAAGCAAAAAACAACUUUUUUUUUGUAUCGGAUCCGGGCUGAGUAUCAGCAGACUCUCAAAAUCAGGUGACUCGAAAUCGGGUGCAAAAAAAUGCAAUCGGGACAUCCCUAGCAUUCAUGUAACCCGAUUAAUCCAGGCUAAGGGGGUUAUCUGUGAACGAUGAAGAUUCGUGUAUAUAAAAGGGAUCCAGGAAGCCUUGUCUCUCUACAAUUGCUGCUUUUGUGAAGAAAAACAAAAGUUUAAUUUAAAAAAAAAAAUUGGGGGAAAAAAAAUUGCACGUCCUCUGAUGGGACUAUUGCGAAUGCACAUAUUGCGAUGGCGAUGUUCAAACGAUAUAUAUUCUGCAGGCUUACUAGUACAUAACGUUUUUAUAUAAAAUAUAAUUGUUGGUUCCACUGGUAACAAUGGUAUCCUCGGCCAGCCUGGUCUGCUUGGACCAUCCAGCUAGGUUUAAUAUCACAUUCAAUAUCAUAAUCACCUUGUUUUUAAAAUCCAGGCCUUGUUACAACAUCUUGCAAGGCUAUACUAAUUGUGUUGUUCUCAUGUGUGUCCAUAGUAACAAUCAGUGAGACUUGGGGGAAAAAAGACAUUUUUACAGAUUUUUCCUGAAUUAAUACAAGCUAAGACAAAAUUGUGACAAAGCACAGAAGGAGACACAAGAAAGUUCUUCACUACUAACGAUAGCCAGUCAUUAAGUGUGUGCUUAACCCGUUAACACCUAAGCCUAUUUUGGCCGAAUUUGCAUGCAUUUGAUGUUGCCUUUAUAUUUCAAAGAAAAAAUUGUUUACAAUGGCCAAGUUGGGUCCCUUUUUUCAGGACACCUUGAACUUCAUGUCUAAACUGUUGUUUUCUUCACUGACCAAUUAUAAUCCACAUUUUGGACCCAAAAAGACAAAAAAAUCCCAAAAUCCUUUUUCAAAAUUUGUAAUGUUGAUGUCCCAUUGACAACCAAACAUGCUCGAUCAACCGUUUUGAAGCUUGAUAAUAUUUAUUCAACUUGUUAAGAUAAACAUUCAAUAGAAAAAAAUAAGAUUGAAUAGUUUUAUGUUUGUCAGUUCAACACAAACAGCAGGUAUGGUCAUAGGCGUUUUUGGCCUUUACACAUACUAUGGUCAAAACAGGUUAUAUACUGUGCAAAAUAAUGAGAAAAAAAUAUAUAUAUAUAUAUAUAUAUCAGCUAACACAAAAAGGGUUUGGAGGAUAUCUCCUUGUGAAGUUAGGUGUUGUACCCAUCACCUUAUCAAAAUAUAUACGUACAUGCAAUCAAGCUUCUCGAACACACAUCUACAUAAAAAUUGAAAAGAUUGUAGUGAAGAAAAAAAUAUAUAACAUUGGAAAAAAGUAUUUUAAAAAAUAUUGACAAGUAGUUCAGUUCAAUUCAAAUUUUUCAGGCAUGCGACCCAAUAUUUUUUAUUUUUUUUAUUUUUUUGCGCACUCAAUAAAACAUCUUGAACAGGUCACGGAGCUGCGUCACACACAACGUCACACAGCCUACUCUUUCGCCGUUUGCGCGCUGCUGUCACUUCUACUCGCCGAGACGCCGACUCAUCCCAAGAAAACAACGACAAAUACGGCUCAUCUUCUUCCUUGAGUUAAUGAAAUAAUGCAUUAGCUUGCGCUAAAUGUAGUUUUAGAUUCAUUCUGUACGUUUCAAAGUCGCUCGCUCAAACCAAUCGGCCGUUGCUUGCUUCGCAUGCCUCCCUUUCAAUAGUUGGCGCCUCGCUCGGAAAUUUAUUAAAAAUGAUCACAUUCGGUUCGUCCUUCUUGACAUCACAACGGCUCUUGGGAUAUGUAGUCUUUUGUGCUGCUUUCGGUUUUGAAAAAGGACAAGAAAUGAUGGAAAUAUCGAGAUGGAUACAUGGUCCAAGCAGCGUUUUAAGGCAUAUUUAUGAGAGCAAUAAAACUAUAAAACUCAAAUCACAUUAUCUCCCGUUUUUCUGGGCCGAUUGACUUCAAAUAAAAACUGGUGUGGACAUCAACUUCCGCACUUUCAAACGAGACCAACCAGCGGCACGUGGGUGACGUAAUUACAGCGUGACGAAGCUUCAAAGACGACAUGCGUAAAUGCGUCGCUGCCGACACGUUGUUAAAGGGUUAAUUAGGUUGUAAGGCUUAAUACCAAAGUCACCCACACAUACCGUAUUGGCCCGAAUAUAAGACGGCCUUGACUAUAAGACGACCCCAUCUUUUUCAAGACUCAAGUUUGAAAAAAAUACUUUUUGAACACCAAAUUUAAUUUUAUACAGAAAAUAAUUACAGUACAUCUGAAACAAAUGAUUAUUACAAUAUAUUUGAGAGAAAAAGCAUGUUAUUUUGCCCCAUUCAAAUCUUAAUAUCUCAACAUUUAAAUAUGUAAACUGAAGUGUAAUCACAUUCGUAAAUGAAUGGCUUCUGGUUUUUGAAAUGUAAAUAAACCAAUCUAUUGUGAUUAAACAACAAAAUUGCAAUGACUGGAUUAACCAUCAAAAUGAAGUCUAACUGUAACUGUAGUCUUGAAACAAAUCUGAAUAAGGAAAAACAUUGCAAUAAAAUAAUGCAUCUGGUUAAACUUGAGAGUAGCUGAGAUCUGUCGUGACAGAACAUCACUUCAAUGAUAUCUGGCGCCAUCUAGCGUCGUGAAUGGGUAUAAUGUCUGGACCGCGAAUAUAAGACGACCCCCACUUUUUCAGUCUUAUUUCAAUGCAAAAAACACCGUCUUCUCUUCGGGCCAAUACGGUACUUCUGUUGGAAGGUAACAAAACAUGGCAUACACUUACACAACCGAUAGCGUCAUACAAAAAUCUCUACUAGAUAAUGUUAGCCAAUCAGACGUAAGGUCGCACACGCUUACUUAGCAGCUAACAUCAUACUACGAUCUCUACUAGAUGAUAACGUUAAUUAAUUUUAACGGCUAACAUCACGAAACAAUCUCUACUGGAUGAGUACUUAUGAAAAGCCAGAAGGAAGGAUCAUCACAAGGCGAUAUCUACCUAAAUGUAUCCACCAGUUUAAAGUGCAUGUGACACGAAAAAGCAUGUUUAUUUCAUAAUACACGCGGUAUUUUAUGCUCCUGAAUGAUAUGGACCGCUUGGAUGUGUGUGGAAGCGAUCGCUAUAUUUGUUUAGUUUUUUUAAUCCCGUGCCAUGAAAAUGAGUGACUUCCGGCUUCGGUCUUGCAUUGAGGAGGAGGGCGCUGUGACGUGUACGGGAGAAGGCGUCCUCUUCACUAAACAGCCGUACUGUUGUGUAUGAGGACUAAGGAUUCAGCUGAUUUUGCGGAUUAAUACGUUUAUUUUUUGCAUCACGCCAGCCAAACGGCUGCAGAAAAAUCUUGCUUGAGGGAGAGGCGUGUGCGCCUUUUUGGAGUUUCAAAAGGUUCCCAUUCACCGUGGAUAUUGGCCAAGCCUUACUACUGUGGGACCAUUGGACUUACGAGGAAGUGAGUAAACAUCUUAUUUUCUAUUAUGUCAAAUAUUAAUACAGCGAUUACAAAGUAAACACUACAAAAUUUCUUUAAAUAAAGGACUACUUACGUUUGAUCAUUGAUAGGCAUGUAAAAAGCUCUCCUCGUGCACAUUAGCUGCAAGUUAGCUGCACAACAACUGCAGCCGCCCUCCUCCGGGGAACGAACUGUAAAUUGCUCUCCGCCGGGCGGUUUGCCGAUCCGCGAAGACAAUCGACAACCUAGUCGUCAUGUCAAAUAAUCCGGGCUAGUUAUGUGUGAUUUUCCGCUUCAAAGACUUUGAAACAUCACUCGGUUCGGGUUAGCAUGUCUUGGUUUGUUUACAUUUUCCGAAGCCGGGGAAGUGAAAUGACAUAUGUCCGAUUUAGGUGUCAUAAAAUAUCGUUCGGGAGGUGCGACAGUAAAGGUGAAGUCGACAGUUUUGACCAUUUUGGAGUAAUUUUGCCAUGUCGUCCUGAAAAAUUGCAUUUUUAUUAUUUCAUAUUCCAUUUAGCACAAGACUGUUAUUUGUCAUGACAAUGCCAUUUAUUUAGCAAUUAGGGAAAAUACUUGGAGAAAAAGAAUAUCCUGUAAAAAUAUUUGAGUAGAGAGACUGAAACAAUGACAUUUUGUGGCCGUCUUCGUCGCGUUUUCCUCGUUCUGAAUAAUUCCCCCUCAAUGGGCUGAAUAGUAAAACCGAUGAGCCCAUUCUCCCGCUGACGUCAUCCACCUGUUGGGGACGCUAGAGCCCUAUAAUGGUAGGCGUGGCUAAGCGGCAGAUUAAAAGACUAAUUUCUCGUCAGCUGCGCUUUGCUAAAUUGUUGUAUAUAGUCGAAUCGUCUCAAAAUAUGAUUCUAAUUCACAUAAUAAUGCUGUUUAAGACUGUUUUUCUCAUGUCGUAUGCUCUUUAAGUCUGCUUUCAUUCCAAGUCUUCUUCUGUUGUUGUCAUUUUGCAUUCGUGUCGCGGCAUUUAGCAUUCAUUCUUUUGCAAAGCCUUUGGAAUUUGCAAAUGUCCUAACACUUCCGGACACAGUAAAUGCAACAUUUUCCUUUUACAUUCCAAAAAGAUUCAUUGAAAACAACAUUUACUUAAUUGUCCAGAGGUAUGAAUGUGAAUUAUUUUUCUGUAUGUUCCCUGUGAUUGACUGACGACCAGUUUAUGUAGAUCCAUCACAUCCAGAACCCGAGUGAUAAUAAGAGUAACAAAAAUGGAUUGAUGGAUGGCCAGAAUUUUAUUUCAAGAAAAAAACAUGGUAAUCGUUAUUAUCGGCCCUUUUGGAUAUUUUUCCAUUCCCUCUUCCUCAUUGUUUGUCUGUCUUCUUCCGCCUCACUUGCGUUCCCAGCCACCUCAAUUUUCAGGCAGCCCGCCGACUGCAGGAGUUCAAAUCCCUGAGCUAGUUAACCAGCCAAUCACCUUUAUGAGCCAAUGAAAGGAGGGUAUCCUUGACUGCCCACCUUCAUGCCUCGUUUGCCUUCAGGAGUUAUCUUUCCUUCCUUUUUGCCAACUGGAAAGCACAGGACAAUUCGUCUAACCUGUUUCUUCUCACAGUUAUGAUGGACUACUGAUUUACAAACUCAAGACUUUUUUUUUUUUUUUAAACAGUGGCUUUUGAACCAUUGGACAUUCAUAUGAGUUUUUUCCCCUGGUGUGUUACAUUUUUCUUUUUUUUUUUUUUUUUUUUUUUUUAAUGCAAAAAGACAAACAUCCUUUGUGGACCGAACUGAUCCAACACAUGAUGCAACAUACUCACACUGCAAUAAAAACCGGAGUCGGAACACACAUGCACAAACACACACACAGCAUUUUUAUCACCAUAUUUAGGAGGGUAUAUUUAAAACUGAGCAUAUUUUUAGUACAGGAAAAAUCUGUCUUCACUGCUAAUG